UUCCUAAUUCUGUAGAAACAUAAGAUCAGAGUAGACUUGGUAUGUCAGAAGAUUUAUGGGAAGAACUGGAAGUUGUCCAGUCCAUUUACUGUCGGCAGGGAGAGUGUGUCAUCAAUGACACAGCAGGCAGUCCAGAGCUGGUGGUGAGGCUUCAAGGAGAAGGGGUAGUAACUCCUACAGUCACAGUCAGAAUGCAGUUUCCUUCCUUGUAUCCAGGGCAACCACCAACAAUAUCCUGUCAGUGUGAAGACAGGUCGUUGUCACGGGAACUGAUGACCUGCCUCACUGACUUGAGCGCACGUUUAGAGGGUAGCCCCAUGAUAACUGACUUACUGAAUCAAGCUCAGGAAAUGAUAAAUCACAGAGUCUCAGUGGAAGCUCAAACCACAGACCACAGUCUUGAUGAGAUUGGUAGUCAGAAAACACCUGCACCCUCAGAGGCCGUGGGAGGGGGGUCAGGGAUAAAUGACCAGGGGGAGGGGACGGUUACAGCAGUACUGAUGCUGGAUCACAUGAGAUCUAAGACUCGCUACAUACAGACCAUCCAGAAGUGGGUCUCCAGCCUCUCUAUACAGGGAUGUCUGGUCUUUGUGGGGAAACUCAUCUUCUUAGUUCUUCAGGGACGUUCAGCUGAUAUCAAGGAGUACAUAAAGUUACAGAGGAGUAGUAAUGUAGACGUGGAUAGUCCAGGGAGGAAGUGUAAGGAGAGAAUGAUGUCUGUUCUCUCUCAGGGAGUCAUAGAGGGAAAAGGAUUCCAGGACUUUAAGGUGACAGAGUGUCACAGUCAGACGGAAGUAGAGGAGAUCUUCCAGCAGACAGAGUUAAUGCCCUUGUAUCGAGACCACAUUCUACCACUGCUAAAGUCCUCGAAUAUUCCACUGACCAAAUGAGUGACCGAUCCAGAAUUAUAACCACUGUGUCAGGGUUACAUCUAACAAGUUUUUUCUUCGAAACUUUUAAUUCUGACC